AUGCCCACAGUCCCUCCUGGCAUCUUCCACAAUGCGAACCCUCCUAUACACACUCAUCCGCGUUGCGACUACUGCAAGAAGACUUCCCGAACUUUGUACUCGGAAGACGAUGAUUCUCUGCCGAAGUUACUACUCUGCAAAUAUUGCUAUGUCCCUCGGUACUGCUCUGUGGAAUGUAGGGACCAGGACCGGAAAGGAGAGCACCAGCUAGUCUGCGAGCGCUGGCAAGAAUGGGAAGACAGAGCCACGGACGACUCCGGAGACUAUUACGCGUGGCGCACCUUCACGUUCUGGCUCAAUAUCUAUCACGAUACUCUAGCAAACGCGGCGCUAGCCUUCCUCAUCCGCUCACCACCUGGCUCUGAAAGGGAGUCUACGCUGCUUAUCACGAUUGCAUACGACAAUGGCCCCAAGGUUGCGACGGAAUAUCGAUUUCGCUUCAUCAGCUGCCACUUCCUUCACACGGCAAUACCCUCUACCUCCGGAAUGUUGCCUAAGGGCCUCGUAUCACCCGAUGAGGCGUUAGCGGAGACCCUGGCGAUGCGCGCUGCAGCGGAAACCCGGGGUGUGGCUACAACUCCCUCAGACAAGUCAUCGCGCCCUCGUAUGGCCUCGUAUCUUCUUGAAUUGGACUUUGGUGGCGACCAGCUCCUCACCUUUCCUCGCACAUUCCCAUUCACCGAUCAACAACUCGACUCCGGCACGCUUCCGCAUCCCGGUCGGACGACCGGACCUAUACUGGACAUGGUGUUCUCCACGGGACAGAGGCGCGAAUUCUGCUGUGGUCAGGUCCCAGAGUUGCACACAUGCUGCUGUGGAGGACACACGCAUGAGGAUACAGAAGAAUCGGACGAUGGAAUGGUCGAUCUGGAAGCGGUUGCCGAGUAUGCACUGGAUACAGACGAUAUCACAAACUUCAUCGCGGACAUGAUCGAGAAUAAAGUUGAUGAUACCGAUCAGGCUAUCUCGGAUCCUACAGACGGAAAGAAGAAGAAAAAGAAAAAGAAGAAAAAGAAGCAGGUCAAGCGGCAGGAAGAGACGGCGGCGGGCCCAGAUCCCCGCAUUGACGGCAAUGGUGGCACUCACAGCAUUGCAGUGUCCACUACGAACGACACCGCGCGUGCUGUGGAUACCGCUCCCAUACCUGCCGGUUCCACCACGACCGCUCAGUCCGCGUCCGAUAUGACCAGCGAUCCCAAUGGAAAACUGUCUUCAUGCAGCAGCCAUACGGACGCGGUUACAGAAGUUCGUUCCGUCGAUACUGCGGGCAUUACACGCGAAGUUGGGCUAGUAUCUGUGCCACCGAUAACUAAUAGUCAAGACGAUGCGGUCGUGUCCGGCGUGAAUUCUACAGUAGAAGCUGCUGGCGUCGGCUCUCAUCAUGAUGGGCGCCGAGGAGAAAAUCAUCUAAAGCACCUGGUCUCUGUCCAGUCGAACAAGGAGAAGAAGAAGAAGCAGAAAGGGAAGAAGCGGCACAAUGCGCAGAACGAAUCCACCCCCGUUGACGACACACAACGCGAGACUAGCGACCCGAUUCGGACGAUUGCGACAACUGCGAGGCAGGAAUCGCUUGACGGCAGAUCACCUGCUGUUGUGAUCCCCAAAACGGGACCUACGGUUGAAGCGAAGAUCAUAUCCGCUGUGACCCCGGUAACAACGAACAACCCUGCAAAACCGACGGCCACUUCCCAAGCAAAGUCUACCGUGAGUCAAAAGAAGGUCGAAUCCAGCACGUUGGUGGACCAUAUGGCACUCACAGAGAGUGCUGUGCCCCGGAACAAGAAUAAGUGGAUCCCGGUCAAAUCCAAAAAAGACAUACGAGAAGCGAAGCGUCAGGCGCAGACGACCACUACUCCGGAUAACUCAGGCCCCUCCACCUCUCAAAGUGGGCUGCAUGAUCCUGCUUCGGAAAGGAAAGGCAGUGUUGGCGAUAUGGCUGACCCGGCUCCCAUACCAGGCGCGACGCGUGACAACGAGUCUACCAUUCAAUCAAGACCGACGACUGUAUCUCCCAACCCUUCAACGGACAGUCAAACACCCAUAGUUGCUCCAACUGCGGCCUGGAAGCGUCCUGCCCGCGAUGUCGCUGUAUGCUUGACCGGAUCCGACUUUCCGCCGUUGGGCGCCAAGCCCCAUGCGACACCCAUGAUCCCAGCGAAAACGCCCUCCGAGUGCGAAUCAAAACCUCCCGCAACGCCCGCCGCCGUACAGGACGCCCUCUUCUCUGUCAAACCUGCGACACAAGACGCCGCUAUCACUGUCGAGCAUCCACUUCCGAACCCACGCAGCGGCGUGCGCCGCGCAUCCUUUGAGGAGCAGUCGAUUCGCUUCUUCGGACUGCGCGAUGGCCCGGCCCCAGAUCCAAGCGAUGUACUCAGAAUCAAACGUCCAACAUCUGCUCUAAGUCACCGAUAUCUCAACGACGAGGUUGCGUCGCAAGUCGAGGAGCCUGUCAAUCGGAAUCUUGAACUAUCUACUACCACUGACGUGCAUGUAUCGCCGCCCACAUCCUCGACAUCGCCGAUAUCUAUCUUGAAACGUCAGCCCACUACUGCGAGCGCUGCAUCAUCCGCAAAAGAGGUACUUCAACCCACUUACGCCGAGAAAGAAGCGCGAUACAAUGAAGCAAAGCAACGCAUCGAUGGCCUAUUCGAGGUCGAUGCACAGGCCGAACAGCCUAAACCCGCAAAGGUGGCAGGGGGGUCUACGACGGCGAGCGUGGCCGGGGCAUACGCGGUCCCUGCGCGACCGCGUCGCUCACGGCACAAGUCUACCUCGAACGUAGUCGACACGUUUCCACAGGGCAGAGCGCUUGAUCGGCAAGUUCAACAACAAUCACCCCCGCCACGGAGCAGACAAUCGGCACAUCGCCAGGCUCCUGACCAUCCGUAUGCACCCCAUCUACCCUCAGUUUACCACCGGCCCAAGGCUUCGCAAGAACAGCAAUUCGACUAUUACCGCAACCCGCCCCUUGAUCCCUAUUACGAAGGACAGCCUCCGAGGCCGGUAGACCCUCCGCCGGGCUUCAUAAUGCCGCCUCCAGGUUUGAUGCCACCACCGGGCUUGAUGCUGCCAACGGGUGCGAUGCCGCCGUCCGGUCUGAUGCCGCCACCAGAUCUUGCUGCCCCACCAGCGGCUAACAUUCCGCCGCACCCUCAGUGGCAGUAUCAGAGCCCGUACAUACCACAACCAGGAUCGGACCAGGGCUUCUACGGUGCACCAUACAACCCGUACGGGUCAGCACCCUAUGCCAUGACGUCUGCUCCCUAUCAGCAGCUCAGGGACGUUCAGCUGGCGCCUACGCAGAUGCCUUACGAUGAAGAUGCUGCGCAGGCACUGAAGGCGGCAGCAGAGGCCUUGAUGACUGUCACACGAGUAUUGAAAGGCGCUUCGCCGGAGUCUCGUAAUGCAAUAGAGGAGGCGCAGGCCGCUCUCACUGAGGCUCGCAACAAGUAUCAGGACAACCCGAGAGCGGAAUCAGGUGCUUUGCAAAGGCAAGAGGGAUGGCAGUCGUAG